GGCCCCAGCGAUGGCUAGGCUGCAGCCUGGGGCUCCCGGCCAUCCCGGGCGCUGGCGGCGGUGGAGGCAGCAGGGCGGAUGGCGGAGCCCGGCCGCCCGUGGGCCCAGGCGCGUAGUGCGUAGAGAGCCAGCGAGGUGCUGCGGCGCGGCACGGGCCGCCGGCGGGACCCGGGGCCGCAAUCCAAUGGGCCGGGCCAGGAAGACGCCCGAGCCCCGGGCCGGCUGGCUCGCCUGUUCGGCCAGCUCCGGGCCGAAGCGGCUUCGCGGUCCGAGGUGCCGCGGCUGCUGAAGCUGGUGGAGCGUGAGGGGGCCGGGGCAGCGGGCGCGGGCGAGAGGACCGGCGCGCACAGCCGCGGCUCCGUGUGCUCAGUAUGCGGGGAGCCCCGCGGCAGGGCCACCUACCCGGCGGGGGUCCUGGAGGUGAGCGAGCGGCGGCUGCAGGAGGGCCUCCCGGCAGUGCGCGAGGAGCUGGGCGCCGGGAUUGAGGCGCUGCGCGCGGAGCUUCGAGCGGAGCUGGACGCUCUGCGCGCGCCGCUGCCGCUGCCGCCGCCGUCCCCGCCUGCUCGCCGCGAGCCCCGCGCCGUCCCCCGCGCCGCGCCCCGCGGCCCGACCCUGCUGCGGACGCUCGGCACCGUGAGCGCACUGGUCGCCGCCUCCAGGCCCGCAGACGACUCCUCGGACGGCCCAGCAGAAUGCGGAGCGCACCGAUCCCCGGCCAGGAAGAACCACAAGAAGAUGCCAGUGCCGCCUGGGGCCCAGCAAGGUGGCGGGGACUGAGGGCGGCCACACAAGGGCAGCCUAGGCGAGGUCUCAGUGACGAGGCAGGGUCUCCACGCACUGGAAUAGUGUCAAACCACACACAAGGGCACAGAACCCAGGGACACAGGGCGGCUGAGACAGGCAGCUGGUGAUGGCCCUCAGGACGGUGUCAACCAGUAUGUAAUCACAUUCCACACGGCACCAACUGGACAGCGGCCUCCGGUCAGCCUCACUCUGACUGCAACCCCCUCUCACUGGACAGCAUCACCUGGACACAGAGCCUCACCUAGUCUGUGUCCCGUGGACACAACUUUGCUUUGGACAGUGACACCAAGAAUACUCACCCCUUUACUUAGCCAGACCACAGGCAGCCACCUGGACACAAACAUCUCUCCAGAGUCACCCUCCACACAGACUCCACAGCAGAACUCCCAGGGAGGCACUGGGGCAUGGCUUCAGAGCACCAGGCAGCCCUCCGCAUUGCCCAGCACCCGCUCAGCCAGGGCAGCCUGCAGCGGAGCCUGGAGCCAGCAGCUUCUCAUCUCUUGGCCUCGGGAAAUGUAGCUGGAGUCAUCAUUUAGCAGAGCACGGUGUCCCUGGGUUGGCCACCCAGCUUAGUUUUAAAACAAAAUAAUGUAAUCUUG